CGAACAUCGUGCUGUGUCUUUCGCCCGUACCAGGAGUAGAAAGGGAACUAUUCACCAACCUCUCUACCUCUACAACACAUCACGACACUGUCGCCCACAAUGCGUCGUGUACCCCGUCUCAGGCAGCCAAGCCUGCUGGCAGCCUCCCCGAUCCAAUGCACCUGCGCCGCGCCCGCCACAUUCCCCAUCUCAGCAACAGCAUCACGAGCCCUCUCAACGACACCCGCAACCCCCAGCCGCGUCCGCAAGUUCCUCUGGAAAGGCGGCGACGCCCCCGGCCCCGAAGACCCCUAUGCCGCCGAAUCCUCCCAGGCCCUCCGCCAGCAGCGCAUCGCGCAGGAGCUAGCCGAGGCCGAGGCCGAGCUGGCCGCCUUCGAGGCCGACAGCCAGCAGACGCAGCGGGCCGAGCAGAAGCGCCGCCAGAAGCCCCAGAGCCGGCUCGCGCACCAGAUCAAGAAUAAGCGCGUGUGGGCGCCGACGGAGAAGGAGGUCGAGGGAGGAGACUACGUGCCCGCCAAGACGAUUGAUGGGCUCGAGGAGAUUGGUGGGCUUGAAGGGUGGUGGGAGCAGGAGGGCCGCUGGGGCAAGGAGAGCGAGUACGUUGGCUUCGCGAGCGCCGGCGAGGCUGUGACAGAUGCCGAUGUGUGCGCUGCGCGCGUGAGGCAGGCUGUCGUUGAGGCGCUUGCUGUUGCUGGGUCUUCUGCUGAGGUGCAGGGCCGGUUGACGGCUGCGUGGGCCAGGGGCGACGCGGAGGGAUUCAGCAGGGCGACGGCGCUGGGGUUGAAGAUUGGGGAGGAUGGUAGCGUCUCUCUUGAGGGUGAUGUUGCGGCGAUUGAGGGCGUCGUCGCGCCUCUGUUGGAGGCUCAGGAGGCGCAGACCUCGGAGGGCGUCGUUGAGGCUGCUGAGGCCAAGGCGUUGGUUGAGGCGUGGGGCGAAGCCUGGAAGAACAUCUCUCUCGAGGACGCACGAUUCAAGUUCGCUGUCCACAAGCGCGUCUUCCAACUGACGGGCCACCGCGUCCACGACGCCAAGCUCGCGCAGAUCAACACGGUCGGCGACCUCAUCGCCACCAUCGUCAAGCCGCCCAAGCCCACAAAGGUCGCCGAGGCCAUUGCCCAGCAGGGCGCCCUGCUCGAUUUGCCCAACGUCCGCGUCCGCGACCGCCGCGUCACACCCAUCGACAAGGAGACCGAGGUCGGCCGCUGGAAGGUCAUCGAGGCGGAGCUCAAGAAGAGAGGCCUGCCCGUUACCGGACACAAGCACCUCGCCAAGCCGGUGCAGAGGGCAUGGAUCCAGGGCAAGGCGUAAGGAGAGGCGGUGUGGUGUUGUCGAGGUCGGUGAGAAAAGGCAAAGGGCCAAAAGGAGGGGAGGAAAUGUGUCUGGUAUAGAGGAGACUUGUACAGAUAUUGUACUCUUUGUAACAUAUGGAAUAUCAAUGAUUCUUGC